ACCUACUCCUCUUGAUGAGGUUUUGAGGUUAUGGGGGUGAUGUCCAGAGCCGACGGCCAAGAAAGAAUUCUUGAAGAUGUCCUUGGUACAAAAAGGGCUCUCAAAGGGCUACCAAUGACAGCUUUCAGUCACAGUGCUGAGUUCUGGGGGAUGCAUUGGAGGUACAAGGGACUUAUCAGCUCUUUGAGGAAUCAUAACACACAACCACAAAGAGACCAUCCUACGGAGCUACGAGAUAAGAAGGUCAGUAUCCAGUAUGAGCUCUGAGUUUGGCAGGAAAGUCUGGACUUCAGCUCCACCACCCCAGCGACCUUUCCGUGUCUGUGAUCACAAGCGAACCACCCGGAAAGGUCUGACAGCUGCCACCCGCCAGGAACUGCUAGAUAAGGCACUGGAGGCCCUGCUGCUGAGUGGAAUGCUAACACUGGUGCUGGAGGAGGAUGGGACCGCCGUGGAGAGUGAGGACUUCUUCCAGCUUUUGGAGGAUGACACGUGCCUGAUGGUGCUGGAGUAUGGGCAGAGCUGGACCCCCAGCAGGAGUGGGGUGCUGUCAUACGGCCUGGGCCGGGAGAAGCCCAAGCACAGCAAGGACAUCGCCCGUAUCACCUUUGACGUAUACAAGCAAAACCCUCGAGACCUCUUUGGCAGCCUCAAUAUCAAAGCCACAUUCUAUGGGCUCUACUCCAUGAGUUGUGACUUUCAAGGACUCGGCCCAAAGAAAGUACUCAGGGAGCUCCUCCGUUGGACCUCUGCACUGCUGCAAGGGCUGGGCCAUAUGUUGCUGGGAAUUUCCUCCAGCCUUCGCCAUUUAAUAGAAGGGGCCGAACAAUGGCAUUGGCAGCGGCAGGGUCGCCUUCACCCCUACUGAGAAGGGGCCCCAAGCUGCUUUCUGCCCCUAGAUUCAUUCCAAGAGACACACUAUGAGGAUUGUGACAGCAUCAGCUUUGGAGAUCUGAAGACAGUGCAGAUUAGGUAACUCACCUGAUUUCCCCAAUGCCUUCUGACCCCAUUGUGACAGGCCUCAUCAGCAUAACGCCUUACACCCCUAGCCUAUACCCUUCCUGAAGAAUGCUGUCCCUUCCUAGCCAUCUUUCCAGCAUCCCACUUACCCGGAAAGGCCACAAGCCUGUCCCCAAGUAUCUUGACCCCACCCUGAUCAUUGCUACAUCUAGAUUCCUUGCAACUCCUCCUGUCCCUAAGCUUCCUAGUGCACUGAAUUCAGCCCUUUCUGAUUUUACCUUGAGAUCUCUAUUUCUUUAUACCCUUUUCCCCAAAAUAAUAAAAACAUUUCCAAUAAAAAUAUAAAAAUGUU